AUGUCAGUUCCAUCGCGAAGUCGACCCGGUGGCGAGCGAAAUCGUCAUCAUCCCUACAACAACCAAAGCUCCUCUUCUUCGAAAAAUGAUAGAACCCAGUCAUCGGAUUUGACGAUGCAUGAACGAACUUUUGAAUAUUGCCCAGACAAGCAGAAGAAAUACAAGGCUACAGCCAAGAUCGGACAGGGAACCUUUGGCGAAGUCUGGAAAGCAAAAUGCACAGUAACUGGGCGAGUCGUCGCACUGAAAAAAGUUUUGAUGGAAAACGAACGAGAAGGCUUCCCAAUCACCGCUCUUCGCGAAAUAAAAAUCCUUCAAAAGCUCAAGAACGAAAAUAUCGUCGAGUUGAUCGAAAUCUGCAGAACGCGGCCAGAUCAUCGGACGAAAAAACGGCCAGAAAUUCAUCUAGUUUUCGAGUUUUGCGAACAUGAUUUGGCCGGACUUCUCACGAACAAACAGAUGAAUUUUUCGAUCGGAGAAAAGAAAAAGGUCAUCCAGCAGCUUUUCGAAGGACUGUAUGUUAUUCACAAGAACAAAAUUCUUCACAGAGAUAUGAAGGCGGCGAAUAUUUUGAUAAAUCGAAAAGGGAUCCUGAAGUUGGCUGAUUUUGGUCUUGCCCGUCCUUUCAGCAUACCAAAAGCAAGCCAGCCAAAUAAAUACACCAACAGAGUGGUAACCCUUUGGUACCGACCUCCCGAAUUGCUCCUUGGUGAGCGAAACUAUGGCCCGGCGAUUGAUGUUUGGGGCGCGGGCUGCGUCAUGGCAGAAAUGUGGACAAGAACGCCGAUUAUGCAAGGAAAAGUGGAACAGGAUCAACUUCAGAAGAUUCAAAAACUUUGUGGUGGCAUCAAUCCGGAAACAUGGCCUGGUGUGGAGAAAUUGGAACUGUAUAAGAAACUUGUUCUACCAAACGAAGUCCGAAAUUCCAGCCGAAUCCUGACGCAGCGAUUAAGAACGUAUAUGCCGGAUAAAAAUGCUUUAAAUUUAAUUGACCAGUUCUUUCAAUUCGUCCAGCUCGCCAAAGCGACUAGCUACUCCAACUGCGCUCCGCUAGAAUCGCCAGAGAACGGCAAGCUCGAAUGCUCGGGCCACCACUGCUCGGUGAAAUGCGAGGAGGGAUUUCUCCCAACUGGAUUGAGGAAGAUCAAGUGCCGCGGAAAUCACAACAGCGGAUAUUCGUGGAAGAGAGAACUGGGCGGCUGCGGGACGUGUCAAGAUCUCGCUCCUGGAUCUGGUAUUGUCAAGAGCUGCGACAUCUCCAAGCACAACAAGCGUCGAUGCCUGUUUUCGUGCGCCAAUGGCGAUCCGAUGAACAACGGUCAGACGCAGGUUGAUGUUUUGUCCGCCGUUUGCCAGUGUCCCAAGUCCGAUGUUUUUCCAUUCACUUGUGAUUGGAAAGGAAAAGGCGAUUGGAAAAGCGCACUGAAUCAAACAACUCUUGAUAGCUUCACUUGUGGCAGUUUGACACCAACAACGACUACCACAACUACAACAACAGCUUCUCCAACAUCAUCAAGCUCAACAGCAGCAAGUUCUACCACUGCUGCUAGCUCAACUACAACAAAAUCAACAACUACCACUUCUUCGACCACCGCAGCUUCCUCUGCCGCUACUUCUGCCUCCACAACAGCCUCGACCACGGCUUCUACCACUCCCUCUUCUUCAGCUGGCGUCGACAAAACUGCCUGUGUCCAAAAACUUACCGAAUACGGGCACAAGGACGCAGCCGAAGCUUGCGAUGCUAUCAUCCGUCACAAUCAAUACCGAGCGAAUCAUAACUCCCCUGCUCUUGGAAUUCCUUCCAAAGCCCUUUGUGAUGGUGCUCAAGAAUGGGCGAACAUCCAGGCAGAGAGACGAACAGGAAGCAUGGAGCACGCGUCAAGGGAUCAGCUCGGAAGUCUCGGUGAAAACAUGGCCUGGUCAAGCGUGAGCUCUGGCUACUCCAUGUCUGACGGAACCCAAGCAUGGCAAUCAGAAGAUGUCAACUACGACUUCUCUAACCACCAAGAAUGUACUGCCGAUAGCUGUCCCUCUUGCUCGAAGGGACCGAACAAUGCAUGGUACGAUUGUGGCCACUUCACUCAAAACAUCUGGAAGAGUACCAAGUUCGUUUGCGUCGCCAAAGCAACAAAUGAGGCUGGAACUUUCAUUGUCGCUCGAUACGAAAACGGAGGAAACAUGCAGGGUGCUUACUUGGCGAAUAUUGAUGGCAACGGGCCCAAGAAUGGUCAAUUCGUCGGAAAACCAUCCAGCACUGGAGCUAUAACUACGGCUUCUGCUGCCUCCACGACCGCAUCUACAGCCGCCUCUACCACCCCUACAACUUCCUCUUCUUCAGGCGGCGUCGACAGAGCUGCAUGCGUCCAAAAGUUGACCGAAUACGGACACAAAGAUGCAGCAGAAGCUUGCGAUGCCAUCAUCCGUCACAAUCAAUACCGUGCAAAUCACAACUCUCCUGCUCUCGGAAUUCCAUCAAAAGCCCUCUGUGAUGGCGCUCAAGAAUGGGCGAACACCCAGGCGGCAAGAAAAACGGGAAGUAUGAAGCACGCGUCGAUAGAUCAGCUCGGAAGUCUCGGUGAAAACAUGGCCUGGUCUAGCGUUAGCUCCGGAUAUUCCAUGUCCGAUGGUACCAAAGCCUGGCAAUCGGAAGACGUCUACUACGACUUCUCGAACCAUCAAGAAUGCACCGCCGGCAGCUGUCCUUCCUGCUCUAAAGGCCCAAACAAAUCGUGGUACGACUGUGGCCACUUCACUCAAAACAUCUGGAAGAGUACCAAGUUUGUUUGCGUCGCAAAAGCAGCUAACGAAGCGGGAACUUUCAUCGUCGCUCGAUAUGAAAACGGUGGAAACAUGCAGGGAGCGUACUUGGCUAAUGUCGAUGGCAACGGGCCCAAGAAUGGUCAAUUUGUUGGAAAACAAUAA